CUUUCCCGUGUGUGGUGGCACCCAGUUACUCCGACAACACCAGAGUGCCAGGGAGUGUCACCAACGCCUUGAGCCCACUUAACCUCUACAGUGAUCACUUGUUAUAGUGGUUGACUCUCACGUAAACAAACUCGGUUGCUUAUAUAUAGGUGGUUUAAGAGGACGGGCUGCCAGGCUUCGGACACUGGAACACGUCAACACAGAUAACUCUGGCUCCAGCAUCUGGACGACGGCAGUAUAACUAACUUUCCAGUGACAAAUUAGCAUGAUGGGUCCCAUUGGCAAAUUUUCUGAGGAAUUCUGGAACGUGGAGGUCGGGGACUUCGGCGGCUGGGAGAUCGUCUCCCAGAGGGUGAAGGAGUCCAACAAGAUCACCACCAACUACAUCAGCUUCCUCAAGCAGGUGGCCGCAGCCAUGGACACCUUUGGCCGAACACUUCUCAAGUCUGCCAAAAACUCCUCCCUGCCUGAUAUGGAACAUGGUGAGCUGAAGACAUCUCUACAUGCUGCCCGGGAGAGUGUGGAGACCUGGGGGCAAGACAGUGUCGAUGCUGCGGCAGCCAUCAUCUCCCAGACUGUUCAGCUCACCCAGCACCUCACACAGUCCAAGCUCAUCCGCAAACAUGCGGAGGAGGAGGCCAGGCAGCGGCAGCAGCAGGUGCGGGAUGGAGUGCGGCGAGUGCGGCAGGCUCAGCGGGAUGCUCAGAACAAAGUUCGGGAGUUGGUGGAUACGGAAGCACAGAAGCAAGCACUCGGUGCUAAACCAGACGCCAAGCCUAAGGAGCUAGAGAAGGUAACGCUGGCGGAGGAGAGGGCGGGGGAAGCUGUCAAAGAAGCCGAGGUCCAGCACAAGGAUGCGGUCACCUUCCACAACUCUUCGCUUGACGAGUGGUGCACCUAUGCCCACAAUGCAUUCGACACUUUUCAGGACAAGGAGGAGACGAGGGUGGAGCUGAUACGAGAUUCGUUGUGGGGCUUUGCCAACAUCUGUUCACUGCUCGCCGUGCGGACUGACCAGCACCAGGAGGUUAUUCGUACAGCUCUCCUGCGUGUGGACGUGGCGGAGGAGGUGACGACGUGGGUCGCGCGCCACAAGACCCUCCAGACGCCCCCCAUACCCCUGGUGCACGUGCCCGUGGCUCGUGUGAUGAACGACCCGCCCUCAGCCACCCCUUCCGCUCGCUCUACUAUUGCAGAGGUGUCAGACAGCAGCAGCGAGAGCAGCGGUAGGUCCAGUCCCAUACCUCUGUACGAGGCUAGAGUCCUCUACCAGUUUUCUGCCCGGAGUGAGAGUGAAGUGUCACUCGCAGAGGCCCUGCUGGAGACUCGAAGCUUCAAUGCCUGAGAGCCAACCCAGACGCCAUCUGCUCGACUUGCCUUGUGAUUCCCCCACAAGUGAUCUAAGAUCUUUCUCAACCACCAUACAAACACCAAACGUGAAUUUUCGGGCCACAGUAUAAAUAAUUCGUCGAUAUAUGGGUACAUGCACAGCGAUUUUAACUAGAGUAAGCAUAAAUGGCAGCCUAUCAUACAUAGCAUUCAGCAACAGGCUGUUCAUUUCAUUUAAGACAAACAAUCAUUUUAUUUUAUUUGUUAGCCAUUUAUAGUUACCAUUGAAAUUGAAAUUUAAAUAGUUACCAUCGAAUGGUUAUUCUCAAUCGAUACAAUUCAAGACAAUUUGGAAUGACUCUUUAUAUAUUAGUACCUGUUAAUGUUAUGUGAAGAUGAUUUUGUUGAUAAUACAUAAUAAAAUAUAAAAUAUUUGAGGAUGGACUAGAAAGAAGGAUGCAUCAGCAAAUAGGUGGACUUUUAAGUUCAAUUUACAGACUGCAGAUUUUUUUUAAUAAAAUUAAGUAAGAAAGGUACCACCUUAUACAAUACAGAAGUAUGUUUAAUUAGUGUAAUUCUUUACCUUAUGUUCCUUAGUCAUUAUUAAACUGCAUCACCUGUCUUAUCUCUCUAUUGAUGAAAAAUUUAAGGUAACUUUAAAAAACAAUUGUUUAGCUAGAACGUAGUUGUUAAAUGGACCAUUGCUUUCUGAGUGAAGAUUAUUAUCUUAUUGUGCAUCUAAUCAAUAUGGAUAUAAUUGUUAAUAGUUAAGGUAUACUCAAAACGGGAUCCAAUAUGUGGCCUAUGUAUUUGUGAAUUUAAUAAAGGCUUUAUAUAUUUAUUGUGAGUGCAACAUAAAAUACGACAGAGUAGAUUCAUAAAUGAAUUCAAAAUCAAUCAGUGAAUGACUUAUAAUAGAUGUAUAUGUUCUUGUCUAUAAGUAAUAUUUAAGGUACUAUAAUUAGUUUUAGGAAAACUAUAGAAUAGUCCAUAGGUCCAUGGGGAGUAAGUGCCAGUAGCUCUCUCAUGGAUCUUGGUGCCAGGUUCAUCAAAACAAUAAUUAAUUAAAGAAUUCCUAGAUAAGUCGAUUUCCUUUCUAGCGCCUUAGUGUGGCGAAUCCGAGGGGAAAUGCUCUCUGUAUAGUCGGUGGCGUCCUAGGAGUUUGAAGAAAUGUUCAGCUUAUGAAACAAACUUAUACUUUUUUAAUGUUCCAAUUCUUUAACCAAUUGAAUUGUAACUAUGUAAAUUUGCGAAAUAAAUUACAUAUUAAAAAGCCCAUUAAUUGCACAUAA